AAACCCGCAUCCCGAACAUUGACGCCGGCGAUCUCCGCCGCCACCGCCAUGUUCGGGACCCCAUCCAUCACUCCCGCUUUCGGGAACCCCUCCAGCACCCCGGUUUUUGGCACGCCAUCCGCCACCCCCGCAUUUGGCGCGACGUCGUCCACCCCGGCCUUCGGCACCCUCUCGUCGACGCCUGCCUUCGGCACCCCUUCGUCGACUCCCGCUUUCGGUACCCCGUCGUCUACGCCAGCGUUCGGGACCGCUUCCACGACCCCUGCGUUCGGGGCAUCGUCGUCGACGCCAGCGUUCGGGACCACUUCCACGACCCCGCCGUUCGGCUCGCUGAAUUUCGGGACGCCCUCGUCGACCUCAGCAUUCGGCACGCCGUCUUCGGCGCCGGCGUUCGGCGCACUCAAUUUCGGAACACCCUCGUCGACCUCGGCAUUCGGCACGCCCUCUUCGGCGCCGGCGUUUGGCGCGACUCCUUCGCCCUCGCCCUUUGGGUUCCAGCAGCAGGCGACGCCGUCCCCAUCUCCGUUCGGCUUGCUAGGAGGUGGCGGCGCGCAAAUCACCACCCAGAUGGCCCCCGUUGCGCCGCUGCCGCUCUCCCCGUCCGACCGCGACAUCCAGGCCAUUGUGGAUGCGUACAAAGAGGACCCCGGUAAUCCACGUUAUGCUUUCAGGCAUUUGUUGUUCAGCGUGACAGAACCUUCCCAAAGGGUGAAGCCAGUUGCUGCCUCAGAUAUUAUGUGGGCAGAAGCAAUGGGGAAACUUGAAUGCAUGGAUAGUGCAGACAGGGAGAGGCUGUGGCCUCAGCUUGUGCAGGGUUUUAAAGACCUUUCCCAUCGGCUUAAGCUUCAAGAUGAAGUCCUUGUUUCGGACACUGAUAGAUUGAGCAUGACUCACUCUAAUGUUAAAAAGCUGCAAAGGCAUUUCCAAGCUGACACGUAUCCUUGGAUCCAGCGAUUGAAGCAACAAGAGCUGGCUAUUCAGAGACGUCUUUUAAGGUUUGUUAGAAUAGUGGAGGCAUUGGAGAAUCGGGGCUACCGCUGUCCUUUAACAAAGGAGGAAGCUGACUUGUAUGAAAGAUUGGUUGCUAUAUUAAAGCGGCUAAAAGGACAUAACGCUGAUCUUGCUAAGAGGGUCAAUACACUUGUUUCGACGUCGCGUCUUCUGGCUAGCAGUGGUGGUGCUGGUGGUUCCGUUUAUAUUCCCAGUUCUGCAAAAGUUGAUGAGCGGAGUGUUACAGAGCUUCUUGAGGCCUUACAACAACAAACAGAGGCAGUUGCCAAGCUAGGUAAUGUGUUGAAGAGGGAUAUCAGGGACAUGGAGAUCAUCCAGUCAGAAGGUACGGAUAUGGCUGAAGACAAUGUGGGGAGAAGGGCACAGAAAAUAUAAGAUUGAAGCAUGGUCUUUGUCGUAGCUAAGUAAUAAGCGGGUGAUGGAAGGGAUCCAUCGUCGCUAGAAGGAUCUGAGCCUCCAACUUAUUUGGAGUAAUGGGCCAGGGAAAUGAUAUCCCUGUGUAACUGCUGCAGGCAAGCUUGAUUCUGCAUUCUUUGGGAAGCUAACCAUGGUCAAUCAGUAGUGGUAUGUGUAGAUUGUAUGUGGAACUGAGGCAGUAUUCUUAGAACUCAGCUUUCUCCUCGUGCCAA